GAUGACGGCGAGGAGGAGCUCGUGGAGCCCCCGAAGAGGACGAACAAGCUCUUCACCGUGUGCUCCUUCAUCCUUGUUGUGGAGAUGUGCGAACGGUUGUGCUACUACACCCUGCAAGGUUCGCAGAGGAACUUCCUGGAGGAUGCCGGCGGCCAAGGUGAAGAUCGCGGAAUGCAGGCCUCCACGGCCUUCUCCGUGUCUGCCUGUUGGUCCAUGCUGUCUUAUCUUUCCUGCAUGCUUGGUGGCUACUUAGCCGACAACCGCCUCGGCCGGUACCGGACCAUCCUAUACUUCGCAGCUGUCUAUGUCCUGGGUGUCCUGAUUGUGGCCUGUUCUGCGAUUCCGGAUCUUAUGGAAUCGUCCUUUGGUGUGCCACUGUACCUGCUCGGCGCUUUCGUGUUCGUGGCCCUAGGCACCGGUGCCAUCAAGCCGAAUGUGAUGAAUUUCGGUGCUGAUCAAUACGAUACCGAGGAUCCGGAGGAGGAAGUUCAGCAGAAGGCGUUCUUCUCCUACUUCUACCUCACCAUCAAUGUAGGUGUCGUCUUUGCCAUGGGUUUCACGGUUAACUUGGCAACGAGCGGCAGCAGCACGGCGAGUGCUGGAACCGGCUACUUCAAGUCUUACUGCAUCGCAGCGGGGGCGAUGCUGAUGGCUCUGAUCUGCUUUGCCCUGGGAACUCCGAGGUAUACAGGCAAAGACCGCGUCACGCGGAGACCCAUGGCCAGCGUCCUUUGGCAGCACAUGCGACAUGCUGCGAAGAAGAGCCUUGCUGGCAAGCUUUGUGUACUGGCUUGGGCUCUGAUCCCGACCUACAUGGCGAUCGUGCUCACUGGCUCUCUCUUGGGGUCCAUCGCAUGGCUUUCGUCAACUCUUACCUGGUUGGGCAUGGGUCUGGCGUUUCUCUCAUGUGCGCUGCUAAUAUCGCUGCACCAGCGGAGUGACUUCCUCGAGCCAUUGCCGCCGCAGGCGGAGGCUACACAAGCAAUCACCACAGCCGAUGUUCGGGGCGCCUUCAACUGUGUCCCGACCAUCAUCUGCAUCAACGUUGGUUUCAACAUCCCUUACAACGCGAUGAACAAUGCCUAUCCUGCCCAGGCGUGCCAGAUGGACACGCGACUACUCGGCCAGCAGCUGAAUGGCAGCUUCUUUAGCCUCGGUGACGCCUUCGCUAUCAUUCUACUGGUGCCCAUCUAUGAGAAGUUGCUCUUUCCAGCCCUUCGCCGCUACUACGGCCACCCACUCUCGCGCACGACUAAGUAUGUUGUGGGCUUUUCCCUGGCCAUUGCUGCGAACCUUUCAGCCGCUAUCAUCGAGCACAUUCGCCGUUCAAAGUCAACGGGAAGUGCUCCGGAUUUCGUUCUUUGCCCACAGGAGCUGAUUGGCACGGCUUCCUGCAGAGAUGGCUUUCUCCUCUCCAAAUGCUCGCCUGGCGCAAGCAUCCCAAUGACUCGGAUGUCUGCAUUCUGGACGGCCAUACCGAUGUUCCUCACUGGUGCUGGUGAGAUCCUGGUGAACCCGGUUGUGUACCAGUACGUCUUUGAGCAGGCCCCUGCACCGCUGCGCUCUUUGGUCCAGGCCUUGAAUUUGGUUGCUGCGGGAUCCAUUUCGAACGCCAUCACCGCGGCCUUGAGUCCGCUGGUUCCGGAGAAUCUCAACGACGGGCACUUGGUGUAUUUCUAUUACAUCAACUGCAUCGUCGCGUUAAUCGCCCUCCUCCUCUUCUUGUCUUUGAAGGAGUCGACGGCUGCACCGCCGGCUCAGCGGGAAGGAAGCGUCCGUGCGAGCCUGCUGGCGAGCACCGAUCGUUCGGCAUCGCUGGUCGCCGUCCCAGCAUCCAGGGUGGUCUCUCUGAUCGCAAACUAG